UGAGACGAUACAUGAAGUUCUAUGACGACGACUGGCCUGAUAAGACGCGGCUACGGGUAUGUGGCGAGCGACUUGAGUCAUUGAACAUUUCUUUGUUGCUUGGCGUGGCUGCUGUCGGUCAUCGCGGAGCCCACUGCAGCCUCGAUUCUUCUGGUUUCUGUUGCACUAGUCCCCGGUCUGCGGCCUCCGCUCUCAUUUCGGCUUUCGCAAUUCGCGGUUCAGAUUUCUACAUUACACGGGGUUCGCGGAGUGCUUACACAACCGUUCUCACCUGCCCGUCCGACAGCCUUGGAAGCACCACAGUCCACCGGCCUCCCCCGGCUCACGCCUGCCCGAGUAACUUCCGCGGAGCUCGCGACGCGCUGCAUAUGACCUCGCACCCUCAAUGCAAGUGAAAGUGACCACCAAACCGGAAACGGGAAAAUCGCAGGCGGUUUCCGCUGAAAGAUGAGACUGGAUUUCGCUUAGCCUCUGUCGGCAGAUCCAAGCGUCCUUCUGUGAUAUGUUUGUGCUUUCAUAGUUUAUUGUUUAGUUCUGUGCAGUGCAAAUUAAUUUAAUUAGAGUUUUCCAAGUAUUCGCUAAGUAGCUGAAGUGCGCCUCGUUUGUGGCUGUUCCUGAGCGAGGAAAUGAUGAAAACAACAAGGAAAGUCGCCCCGGACGGCGGUUGGGGCUGGGUAGCCACUUUCGGGGUCAGCCUGGUCAAUCUGGCGACACGAUCGAUAGAACCUUCAUUUGGUCUUUUGUUUGGAGAUUUGCUCAAUUCACUAGAAGUCGGGACCACAGGUGCUGCAAUUAUCAUGAGUGCAAUGGACGUCUCAAUGAACUUUUCGGGACUUUUCGUGGGACCAUUAUUAAAGGAGUUCUCCUACAGGAAAGUUGCAGUAGCCGGUUCAAUACUGUGUUCAAUUGGCUUGGCGCUAACCUCACCUGCCGCUAGUAUGGCUCACAUACUGGCAACUUAUAGUGUACUUAAUGGAAUCGGUGUUGGUCUUGCCACGUCAGCAGCUUUCGUAGCAUUGAAUCAUUACUUCAAAAAUAAACGUGGACAGGCCGUUGGGCUUUCAAUGGCUGGUACAGGCAUAGGAAUGUUGAUCAUGCCCCAAUUAGUGCGAAUAUUCUUGGAAGAAUAUGGAUUUCGUGGUGCUGUUCUGAUCCUGGCUGGUGUUGCGCUGCAUGCCGCUUUGGGUUCGGUACUGCUGCAACCAGCUAAAUGGCAUAUGAAGGAAGAGCAAGUUGAUGUUGAACUUAUAUCCGUGCCUGAAAUGAAAACUAUAAAGGAGGACGACGAGGAUUCCUUGCCUGAAAUGAACACUCUACUGUUCAAUAAGGAUAAUCAAAUCAGGAAGAAUUUCUCCGAAGCGGCAAUGAGCACCUUGAAUGGCGCAAAGAAUGGUAUGCCCAAACGACCAACGUUCCCUAGAAUUAUGUCAAACAAUGGACUGUUAGGAGUGCCUGAAUUAGAAGCGUUGUCCAACACAGAACUGAAUGCUAAAAUCAGACAACGAAAAAUGUCAGUCAUGUCGAAUCUUUCGCAUUUGGAUUUCACCGGAAGCACAGUUCACAUUCACAUGAAUGUCGGAGAUGAAGAAUUGGAAAGACACGAUCAGGCGAUUCGGCGGGUUAACACUCACCUUGGAAUGUCUACCUUUCACCGAGACUCUUUCGCCAAAUUGAAACCAGUUUUUGGUCGAACUGAAAGCAUCAUAGGAACUCCAGCACCACCGGAGGAUCCACCGGCAAAGCCUAGCUUUUGGAAACGCUUUGCAGAUCUGAUGGACAUUGGACUACUCAAGGACUUGUCCUUUUUGAAUCUUUUGUUUGGGCUGUCAAUUUUCUACGUGGCAGAGAUGAACUUCAAAAUGGUCACACCCUUCUUCUUCGCUAACUUGGGUUAUAGUAAACUCGAUGUCGCUUUCUGUUUGUCAGUAACAGCCAUUACCGAUAUUGCGGCUCGUAUUGUUUUCCCACCGAUUUUCGACCGUUUGAAUGUGAAGAAGAGGAGUGUUUUCUUGGUGUCAAUUGUUUUCGUGGGUAUCACACGAUCAAUUAUGGCUGAGCAGACUGAUUGGACGAUGUUGAUGGUUUGGCUAUCGAUUUGUGGAUUCUUCAGGGGAUCGGCGCUCAGUAAUUUUACGUUGACUGUUUCAGAGUACUGUUCACUGGAACAGCUGCCAUCAGCUUUUGGCUGGCACCUUAUUGGAAAGGCAAUUUUUGUCUCUGCAUUUGGACCGCUAAUCGGUGCCAUCCGUGAUUGGACAGGAAGUUAUCCCAUCUGCAUUCACGCGCAGAGCGUGUGUAUCUACAUAUGUGCCAUUGCAUGGUCCAUUGAAUAUCUAUGGAAGUACUUAAAGGCAAAGAAGCAGGUGGACGUCGCGUAAUUCUCUUAGAUUUAGGACAUAAACCACCAAAAAUACUUAAAUGUGUGAUAAGAAACUAUACAAAAGCAAAAGACAAAUUAAAAAAAGAAGUUUCAACACUGUUUCAUGUACUGGUAGGACUUUUACUGAAUUAGAUAAUGAAACAUUAACAAAACGCUGGUGCGGACCGUGGUUCACAGCCCGCUCGGCUGCCUUCCUUGUAUGUAGUUAAAAUGACCUCAUAAUUAUUGUAACCGAGGGUGGGUAUCCUGUUUCAGUUGCUUCGGGAUCACAUUUCAAAGUGACUUUAAACUUCAAUUGAAUUCAAAAUCGUGUCCUUGCUACGAGUCAAUACCCACGAUUCCGGGAGAACUGAAACAGGAUGCACCCGAUAUCGACGUGCUUGCAGAAGUACUGCAAUUCCUUCUAGGGUAGGACGCAUUAUCAAGUAGAGACUCUGACGAAAAAGUAUUUUUAGAUUUACAAAUGUGUACAUUACUUUUAUUUUGUGACAACUAUUGACAUAACUAUCAUUGUAUUGACUAGAGAAUAUUUGAUAACUCCCAACUGAUUGAGGCGGGGCAUCUGUUUUUGACGGGGGAUGCUCCGGACUUUAGUAUUUACUUUAUAUUAUACAAGACACAGUUUAACGUUUUACUCAGUUUUUGCCUGUUUUGUAUGAGAGUAUUUUUAUAUGAAAUGCUGUUGUAAUAUUGUUAUAUGUAUGAAUAGACUUUGUAUUAAGGUUUAACCCUGAUUAAGAUGUAGUGUAUGUAGCAAAUUUGUGUCAAAUGUGAGCGUAAAAAAAUACAAACUAGAAUUUGACGAAG